GGACCAAGCCCCUCCCCCGUAGAGAUCAGGCCUAGCUGCCUUAGACCGGACACAUCCUGUUACCCUGUGAGACGGGGACCUUCUCAGACCCUGCAGCCGUCUCUGGAUCGUCGGUGACUUGGUGAAGUAAGAUCCUGAUAGCACUUGCUGCCUCUGUCCUGCCAUGGCGUCCUCCUUGAUCAGCCGUCAGCUUUCUCUCUCCCUGCAGAAAAACCUAUGGCUCGGUGCUGCAGGUAAAUCAAGCUCUUCAAAUACAGGGUGCAGAUAUGUCAGCAAAGCAGCUCCGAAGACCCAGGUGGAGUAUGACUACGAUGGACCUUCUAUGAAAACUUCAGUUCCUGGGCCACGAUCAAAAGAGCUGACAAAACAACUCGGGGAAAUCCAGAAUGUUGCUGCAGUCAACUUCUUCUGUAACUAUGAGGAGAGCAGGGGAAACUACCUGGUGGAUGUGGAUGGCAACCGCAUGCUGGAUAUCUACUCUCAGAUCUCUUCCAUUCCAAUUGGUUACAACCACCCUGCUCUUCUCAAAUUGAUGGCCAAUCCCAACAAUCUGAGUGCAUUUGUGAACCGACCUGCCCUUGGGAUCUUGCCACCUGAGAACUUUCCAGACAAACUGACUGAAAGUCUUCUCUCAGUUGCUCCCAGUGGAAUGACUCGUGUUCAGACCAUGGCCUGUGGCUCUUGCUCAAAUGAGAAUGCCUACAAAGCAAUGUUUAUCUGGUACAGGAACAAGGAACGAGGUCACAACACACCAUCUGAUGAAGACCUCAGCACCUGUAUGAUUAACCAGUCCCCAGGUUGUCCAGACCUCAGUAUUUUAUCAUUCAUGGGAGGUUUCCAUGGAAGAACCAUUGGUGCUUUGGCAACAACACACUCAAAAGCAAUCCAUAAGCUGGAUGUGCCAUCAUUUGAUUGGCCCAUCGCACCGUUCCCCAGACUGCAGUACCCACUGGAGGAGUUUGCCAAAGAGAAUGCACAGGAGGAGGCUCGUUGUCUGGAGGAGGUGGAGGACCUGAUCAUAAAGUGGAGACAGAAGGGGAAACCAGUGGCAGGGAUUGUAAUUGAACCGAUCCAGGCUGAAGGUGGCGAUAACCACGCCACCCCCAACUUCUUCAAAAGCCUCCGCAACAUUGCAAGCAAGCAUGGCUGUGCUUUCCACGUGGAUGAAGUCCAGACUGGUGGGGGGAGCACAGGAAAGUUUUGGGCCCAUGAGCAUUGGGGCAUGGAAGAUCCAGCUGACAUUGUCUCCUUUAGCAAGAAACUCCUGACUGGUGGCUUCUACUACAAGGCUGAAUUACAGGCUGAAAAGGCAUACCGCAUCUUUAACACAUGGAUGGGUGAUCCAUCAAAGAACUUGUUCCUGGUUGAGGUACUCAAUGUCAUUCGCAGAGAAAGACUUCUGGAGGAGGUUACCCGAUCUGGAAAAACUCUGCUAAAUGGUCUUUAUGAGCUACAGGCUCAAUACCCUGGCAUACUGAGCCGCGCUCGAGGGCAGGGGACCUUCUGUGCCAUUGAUGUCUGUGAUGAUGAAACGCGCGACAAAAUCUUGCUCAAGACAAGAGACAAAGGUGUCCUCCUUGGAGGGUGUGGGGAUCGAUCGAUCCGUUUCCGUCCAACACUGGUUUUUAAGGAGUACCAUGCUCACAUCUUCCUGAACAUCUUCAAUGACGUCUUGGCCCAGUACAAAUAAAUGUUGACCCUGAAGGAACCUGACAUUAGAGCCUAAAAUAAUCGAGAGGGAAGGCAGGGAAACUCCUGACAGUCCAUGUAAUGAUAAGCACAAUCCACAUGAUCACGUAUGCAGAUAUCCCACAUAACCUCUGAUUAAGUUAGGUGUAGAGCGGACUGGGUUAGUCAUCUUUUUGGCCAGAAAUUAUUAUAGUGAUGUCUUUUUACAUGUGCUGCCAUACAAAUUUAUCCUGAAAACCACGUGGAACAGAUACCAGUAGGUACAAUUGCAGUUAAACACAAUGAUCAUGUUUCUGUAAAUCUAUUGAAGUGACUCGAACAUUUGAACCUUUCUCAUCUGGAUUUGUGUUCUUGUAUAAAGGAUAACUUGUCUAGCAGUUCUUCUGCAGAUUUUCCAUAACAAGUAGCAGUUCAAUAUGCAGACCAAUUUGUCAUUUCAUUUAUGGAUGUAUCUGGUUGGUCCAGCCCUAACAGCAUUAUUUUCAAUUGAAACAGAAGCAAGGAGCAGCUGAUGUCUUUCAUGUAAUUGGAAGAAACAAUUUUCUGUAAGGUACUUAAAGUACCUGUAAACCUCUGCUCAUUUCAUCUCAUUCUUGGUUCAAUUGGCGUGAUGGCUUUUAAAGUUCUGGCACAGAAAGAUGACAUCGCCUUUGUCAAUCUGGCCAAUAAUAUAAUUGCUUGAUAUCAUUCAUGUGUACAACAAUAAACUUGAUAUGUCUGAGGUUUGAAGGUCAGGCACCACAUUUAACAUGUGGGUUCUUUCCUUUAGAAGGUUGCACAGCAGGAGACAGAUAGAUAAAUAGGAGGACAAAGAUGCCCUCACUUUAUGACACAGAACAAAGUCUGGCAUUAAGUGCUCAUAUGCCACUUACAUCCCACUGCCUGUAACACAGCUAGACAGUAAAGAAGGCAAACAAUUAUCUUGGAGACACAACUCAGUGUCAGAGACAAAUCUGUGUAGGAAUGCACAAUAUAGUUAAGAUGCCAGCCUGCAUGUCAUUUGAUGUUGCCCAUUAGAAAUGCCCUUGUUAUGAUUCUGACUGUUGUGUUGCUCUUAACGAGAAUGACUUUUCAGCCUGAAAUGUUGUAGCCCAGCAAAUGUGAAUCUUAAAUUGACCAUGAAAAUGUUAUAGAUUAUUUAGUGCCUGCAUGUUACUUAAAUCUGCCUUUUUUUCUUUGCCACUGGAUCAGAUACCAGUAUCCAUUGGUCACCUUAAUAGAAUUAAACUUUUGAACACAUUGAUUUUACUCUUGAACAAGAGCAUCAUAUCAGUUGCCUUUUUUUCAGUAAAUAAUAUUACUCCUGAAGUCCAACUCUCACUUUAAUAAGAUUUCAAAUUCACCACUUCAUAUUUCUGAUAGAUAAUUGGAAUAAUGUCAGUCAGCAGUCGUUAGUAACUAAGCCAAUGAGGCUUGUUGCUAGCCUUUUUUGGGACAGUCUCACUUAGAAUAAGCUUGUGCCACUUGUCAAGGUGGUUUCUAUACUGGAUCUUUAAUGCCCUCUGACAUCUUUAAUGCCCUCUGACACCAGAGAGAGAAACAUUCACAGGUCGGUGAGAACUAUGGCUGUUUAAGCUUUUCCCCUUCAAACCACAAAGAGGCACAGUGAGCCCAUUCCACACUUAAAAACAAAUGUUAGAAGUAACUUAGUUUGAUUUUUCACCUCAUCUCAAGAGAUGAGUGCAAAGAUUCAGUCUCAAAGUCUCCACUAUAUUUUAACUAGAGCAGCACAAAGCUGCUUUCCUGUGCUGUUGUUGAGACAGAUCCAGACUUAUCCAAAUGUGGUGAAGUUGCUUAACUUGAAGCACAGGUUCAUUAUGUAGGGCUGUCUUGAGACACAUUAGAUCUUACAUAAUACAAACAUGUAAUAGAUAAAUUCUUAAUGAUUUUAUUAACACAAAAUGCGUCAUUAUUUACCAUUUUUUAUUUUAUAAAUCUGUUCAGGCUGAUGUUCUGAUUUUGUAGAACCUUCAUCAGUGUCUAGGAAUGUUCUAUGGAGCUUCUAGGCAAGUCUAAGGAAUAUGUAAAGUGUUACCAAAAUAAUUUCCCUGUCAUUAUUAAUUUCCUGAGAUUCAAUACAGUAUAUAUAAAUAUAUUUACAUCCAUGAUGCAAAAUUGAUAUCCCAUAGAUGUAAUGUAAAUAUUUGUUAAACAUAGUAAACUGGGUCAGUUUUUCUUGUAUGGAAUUGUUCUUAUGACAUGACUACUUGCCCUGGUGAUCUGAGACAGAUGAUUAUUGAUGUAAUUAUUUUAGAUUGCUCUGUUGUCUAUAAAACAUUGUGCAUGUAAUGUGAUAAAUAAAUGAAGUUUUAACUUA